AUGGCUAACCAGGCAGCUUGGAUCAAAACGCCUGGCACAUCCCUCGAAGUUGACUCUGCUCCUGAAGCGAAGCUAGGUCCAGGUCAAGUAGUCAUCAAGAAUGCUUACGUUGCAAUCAAUCCGGUCGACUGGAAGAUCCAAUCAUAUAGCCAUGCAUCCCAGCCCUACCCCAACAUCUUGGGAAGGGAUAUUGCUGGCGAAAUUGUGGAAGUAGGAGCAGAUGUCACUCGUCUCCGAGUUGGCCAGCGGGUGAUAGCACAUGCACUUGGUCGUAUAACCAACGAACCGAAAUACGGCGGAUUUCAACUCUAUACUGUAGCGUAUGAGAUCACCGUUUCUCCAAUCCCAGACUCCAUUCCCUAUGAACAGGCUGUAGUCCUUCCCUUGGCAAUCUCAACUGCAGCAGCUGGGCUUUACCAAAAAGGUUACCUCGAAGUGCCAUAUCCAACCCUCAAUCCAAAGCCCUCUGGGCAAACAAUUCUCGUUUGGGGUGGCAGCUCUUCAGUCGGCAGCACAACCAUCCAGUUUGCAGUGGCUUCAGGAUUGGAAGUUGUUUCAACUGCCUCGAAAAAGAACUUGGAUUUUCUAAAGUCAUUGGGCGCGAAGCAUGUUUUUGACCAUUCUUCGCCAACGGUAGUUGAAGAUAUCAUCGCAGUGCUUAAAGGAAGCCAGUUCGUUGGUGCAUACGAUGCCAUAUCGCUCCCGGAAACGAUGAAAGCAGCUGCUGAAAUCGUUCAUCAGCUAGGAGGAGGAAAAGUUGUGACUGUGCUUGGUGCACCAAGUGAAGGCUUACCGAGCAAUGUGCAAGCAAUUGGAGCUUCAUCUAUAGAUAUUGCAACAAAGCAGCCAGAAGUUGGUGAUGCGGUGUGGAGAAAGUAUGUCCCUGAAGCUUUGAAAGAGGGCAAAUUAUUGCCAAAGCCUGAUCCGAUCGUGAUCAAAGGAGGUCUAGAUCAUAUUCAGGAGGGUCUCGAUACUCUCAAGAAGGGUGUAUCUGCUGCUAAGGUGGUCGUUGAAUUGUAA